CGAUUCCAAAUUUCUUUGAGAAGCUUCAGUCUUGAACGUUGAACACAAACUUUUUUUCUUUUCAAAACAUAGUUUGACUUUUUCCACCAUUUCACAUCGCAGUUUUAAAAAGCGUGCCAUUUUUUGUUUAUUAUUCAUACACAUAAAAGUUGGCAGAAAUUCAGUUCACCGUAUUCCUACUUCCAAACUGAGAUCUCUCUGUCUACUUCCCAUUAAAAAAAAAAAAUCUCCAUUUUUUUUUUCUAAUUUCAGUAAUGGCUGAUGCAUUGACGGAGGAGCAGAUUGCUGAGUUCCGGGAGGCCUUCUCCCUAAUCGAUAAAGAUUCCGACGGGAUGAUCACAGUGGAAGAAUUGGCAACAGUGAUUCAAUCUCUGAAUGAACAUCCAACAAAAGAAGAAAUCCAAGAAAUGAUGAAUGAGGUUGAUGCAGAUGGAGAUGGCACUGUGGAUUUCGAGGAGUUUUUGAGUAUUAUGGCAAGAAAAAUGAAGGAAAAUGUUGCAGAGGAAUUGAAAGAAGCUUUCAAAGUUUUCGAUCGAGAUCAAGAUGGAUUCAUAUCAGCAAUUGAGUUGAGGAAUGUGAUGCUGAAUUUGGGAGAAAGAUUAAGUGAUGAAGAAGCUGAACAAAUGAUAAGAGAAGCUGAUUUAGAUGGAGAUGGGCUUGUUAGCUAUGAAGAAUUUGUGAGGAUGAUGAUGGCUUCUGCAGCUUUCUAAUUAUCUCUUAUUUCUUUUAUUUAUUUGCCAUCUAAUUUGUUAUAUUUCAAAAUUUUAGAUAAUCUUCUUAUUAUCUCAAUAAUUUAGGGACUAUUACUAUGAAAUGGAGAAGCCACAAUUACGAUGUGACGUGUAUAUUACUAGCAUGGAUUGAAAUGAUUAAUAUAUAGUUCCCUCUA